AAGGAGACCAUGUAGAUAUAAUCUGCAUGGGGGUAACGAAUCAUGACAUAAAGACACUAAAAUACUUCAAGGAUGGAUCUCAAAUAGGUACUUACAACGGUUUCUGGAUCUACACCAUUUCGAAAGCAAGAUUCAGUGACAGUGGCUCCUAUUUCUGUAAGGCAGAUAGGAAAGUUUCCCUAUAUAUGGACACGAAAGAAGAAACAAGAUCUAUGUGGCUUAAUGUCUCAGAGCUGUUUCCGGCACCUGGGCUGACAGCAAGCCCCCUGCCGCCCAUAGAGGGGAGUUCAGUGACCCUGUCCUGCAACACCAGGCUUCCUUCAGACAGGGCAACGACCCAGUUACGCUAUUCCUUCUUCAAAGAUGGACACACUUUGCGGUCGGAAUGGACCUCACCGAAGUUUACGAUCUCAGCAAUAUGGAAAGAAGACUCAGGAAAUUAUUGGUGUGAGGCGAUGACCGCAUCUCACAGUGUCUUGAAGCGGAGUCAACGGUCCUAUAUAGAUGUGGAGAGGAUCCCUGUGUCUCAAGUCUCCAUGGAGAUCCAGUCUCCAGGGGACUGGGGAAUUGAAGGGCAAUCGCUGGUCCUUGUCUGUUCUGUGGCUAAAGGCACAGGGCUCAUCAUGUACUCCUGGCACAGAGAGGAUACAAAGGAAAGUGUGGGGAGGAAAAGCCAGCAUUCCCAGAGAGCAGAGCUGGAGAUCGCUCCUGUCAGGGAGAGCCACGCAGGGGGUUACUACUGUACUGCUGACAACAGCUAUGGCCUUGUCCAGAGUGCAGUGGUGACCGUCACAGUGAAAGUUCCGGUGUUGGACCCUGUCCUCUCCAUCAAUGUUCCUGGGGUGCUGCCCUUUAUUGGGGACGUGGUGGAGCUUCAGUGUGAAGACAAGAGAGCAUCUCCUCCCGUUCUGUACUGGUUUUAUCACGAAAAUAUCACUCUGGGCAACACCUCAGCACCUUCUGGAGGAAAAGGAGCCUUUAAGCUCACUCUGACUGCAGGGCAUUCUGGGAACUACGCCUGUGAGGCUGACAAUGGCUGGGGGAGGAAGCGCAGUGAGGUGGUACCACUCAACGUCACAGAGCCUCCACCCAAAGUGCGUCUGGUGAAUGGUCCCCACCACUGUGAAGGUCGUGUAGAGGUGGAACAGGAAGGUCGCUGGGGCACUGUAUGCGAUGACGGCUGGGAUAUGAAGGAUGUGGCAGUGGUGUGCCGAGAGCUGGGCUGUGGAGCAGCCAAGCACACACCUAUAGCCAUGUUGUAUCCACCAGUAGUUGAUGAAGCUCUGCCUGUGCUCAUUCAGGUGGCCCUGUGCAAUGGGACAGAGAAGACCCUGGCUGAAUGUGACCAGGUUGAGCCCUUUGACUGUGGACAUGAUGAAGAUGCUGGGGCUGUGUGUGAAGCUCUGUCCAUCAGAACGAAGCUCUGGAUUCUAAUGGUUGAGUACCAGCUGAUGGGUCAUGUUGGAAAGACAUUGGUGGCCCAGAAAGUCGGGUCCAGGAAUCAGGCCAUACCAGGCAAAGAAUCCAGAGGUCUUGCCUAGCACUUCCUGAAGACUGAAUGACCAGACACCAUCAGAUCUCCUAUUUUCUGCAUUUGGACCUCACCGGCCUCAUAGUCCAUAGUUCUCACUGGACUUCAAGACUUCAUCUGUGAAUCAUCCUUCAACAGGAUACAAAACAAUUCUGCUCUGAGCUUAAGUUCUAGCAGCAGUAAAGAAGGCCCAAGUCCCCUAGUCCCUGGAAGCUAAGCUUGGAAAAACUGUUCCCUUUCCAGUUCCUUCUAGCUAUCUCCUUGGAGGGAUGAAGAGGUGGGCCCAAGUGAGAAUCACGUGUGCUUGGGCCUUUCAUCUGCUAGAAUGUGGUCAAAUAAAGUA